GCUCAGGCCACCGAAGAACCAAAAAAACCGAAGGAAGAAAAAAGAUGGCUCUCCGGGCAGGAGUCUUCUCCUCUAUUCCCACCCAUCAAAUUCGCUGCUCCGCUGGGGGGAAAUCAUCACCGGCGGAGGACUUCGCUCUUUUGGCCGCGGUGUUCCGAAGGCGGCUCCUGGCCGGGGUGGGGACGGCGUCGCUGGUGGCGGUGGGGGCCAACUUCGGAGGGGUCACCAGCUUCCUCCUCGGCCUCUUCCCGGACUUCGGCCGGGGCCUCAAGCUCGACCUCCUCUACCCUGUCCAGGGCUUCACUCGCUGCCUCGCCCCCAACUAUGGCUUCGAAUUUAUAUAUCCAGCAAGCUGGGUUGGGGACCAAACACUGCUCAAUAGAGUUGUGGACAAAGCUGAGUCUCAGAGAACCUUAGAUCCCCCACCAUUAAGCAAUGGGAGGUCACCUCGCGGUGUCAGUGAGCCUGUGGUAGCCUUUGGGCCUCCAGGAUCCAAAGGCGAGCUUAAUGUCAGCGUCAUUGUCUCUCCUGUUCCUCGUGAUUUCUCAAUUGAAGAUUUUGGUGGCCCAAAGGAAGUUGGAGAGACAGUUCUAAGGAGGAUUUCUGGAACCAGAAGAGGGGCCAGUAUAACGGCGACUCUAAUAGAUGCAACUAAGAGGGAAGAUCCAUCAAAGAAGGUGAAUUACUACAAGCUGGAGUUUAGAGUGGAGGGCCCUUCCUUUCGCCGACAUAAUGUUGCUGUAUGUACUGCAUGCAGUGGCAAGCUAUUCACUUUAAAUGCUCAGGCACCGGAGUCGACCUGGCCAAAGGUCAGGGAAGAGUUUUACAAGAUUGCAGAUUCUUUCAGUCUCACUGAAACAUAAAAAGUAAGGUAUUACUAAUGAUCCAUUAACCAGCAAUAUGUUCCAAUAUGUUGUCAUGACAGGUUUUAUUCUUUGAUAAAAUAGGUUAGGAUCUAACUUCUUCUUAGCAUUCUCUCUACCAUUGAUCAGUGGUGGACAUCAUGACCAUGGUACGCCCACAGUUACUAUCAGUAGUCUCAGUAUUUGAUCGCUAAAGUUUGGUAAGACACAUUUAUAUUCCACUUGCAAGGGAUAUAUAUCUACUAGCACGAUGGAACAUAUACUGGUUUUAGUAUUUCAAAAGCCUCCUGUCAUAUUGUGAAUUUUUAAUCAGAGUUUAUUGUGAAAAAUAUGCUCCAGUUUGCUUUCCUUGAGUUCAAUGCCUCCAGACAUUGUUUCUGCAGUGUAGAAGACAGACUCUAGAACAAUCUGAGUCAUCUAAGGAGAGUGCAUUAGCUGCACUUUUUUCUUGGAAUUUUUGUUCCAUAGACUAAGAACAUAGCAUGAUAUAAUGCAUUUGGCUAGCUGAUACAAUUAUAUUUAAUCAGCGGUUAAUGAAGUACAGGUUUGACUUGUCCAUAUCAAGAUCACUUGAACAUAAAGCAGUGUGUCCAUAAUAGUCUAGAUCUGCAUAAAUAUUGUUGUGAGGAUGGAUCUCCCUCUCUUUCU